AUGCUCUCACAGCCGGCACCAUCGACGACGACAGAGAUCCACGACGAUGCCACACCCACAGAUCGUGUUGGACAGCUGGCACUGACGCCACUGGAAACUUCGGCAGUUGCUGUGCGCAGGGCGGGGGCAGAUAGCAUCUCUGAUGAGGAGCAAAUCGCAUUCGAAGAAUCUGAUAUGCACGAUCUCAAGGGCAGUCUGGCAGGUCUGCAGCCAGAUCCCCGGGUGCAUCUGCCCUCGCAGCACGUCCUCGAGGUUCUGGGUGUUAUGGACAUGCCAUCAUUCUUGAUAGGCCGCUUACAUCCUAGCCUCGGUAUCUGGAAGAGUGUGCGCAGUCUACGGAGCGGGAGCAGUGAUCAAUUCCUUGGUGAAAUCGAGGUUGUGACGGGCAUGCCGCGGAGUCUGCUGGAUGUUUUUGCUGAAGUGGCCGAUCAGCGCGACAAAAACCAGCAGGCUGAAGAUUUGUUCUGGAGCUGGCGGGGCUGCGUGGGCACUUUUGAUCAGUGCCAUCUCUGGGACAGCUGGCGGUAUGCUGGCAUACUUGAUUCCCGCCGUCGCCUGCGGUGUCGAUACAUAGCCGCCUCGCCCACCAUGAGCUCCUCGUCUUCUGGUGAAGAUCAUGGCGUCAACAACGAAGCGGUCCUCUGCCGCCUCAUCGCAUCGCUCGACGCACUAGUCCGCAAAAUGGAUACAGCGGGUGAGCUUGAACCUAUGUUCUUGAACAAAGGACUGGUUUUUCCCUAUACACUAGCGAGCCUCGAGGUUCCUCUGCUCAGAGCCAACCCACUCUGGAAAUCUACGCUGACACGCUUCCGCUCGUCUUUCUUCUACAAUGAUGAUAUCGCCAUCGUGGACGAGACCGUGCUUGAGUUACUUGAAAAAGCUUGGGAGGCUGACACCGAAUUCUUCGACAUCGAUCAAGCUGCGAGAGAGAAAGGGGUCGAGCUUGGGAUAUUUUGA